GCGGCGCUGAGGGGGGGAAAAAAAAAUCAAAACAAGCAAAAAAAAAAAGAGAAAAAAAUGAAAAACGUUUUUCACAGGAAGCAACAGCGAGGAAUGGGUCAAUCAACAGGUGCUCGGUUCUCAUCAACUUUUACUGACUUUCCACACAGACAGGAAGCUGCCGUGUUUUCCUCUUACGCUCAUUCUUAACUGAAAGAGGAAGUUUCCUCUCCCCCAUCUGGGUGCGAUCACGCACCGCGUCUCCAGUCCCGUGCUUGAGCGGCGAGCAGCGGGGUCCUCUCCGCCAUGGACGUCUACCAAGAGGCGCUGAGCUACCUGGAGUCCCACCAUGCGGCAGCUGCUUCCUCGUCGUUGCUGAUUGUUUGUGUUUAUUCCGCUGUGGGGACAGGAGGAGAGGCCCUGGAGGAUGUUUUCCAUGAGGAGGCGGUCUCCUGCUUCCUCUCCCCUCUCAGCUCUGAGAGCAUAGACUUCCCCGACACCCUGACAUGGCUCACCAUCUGCCCUCGCCCAGCCCUGGGAGCUGGAGCACCGGCCUGUUCGACUGCCACAAAGACACCAGCGGCUGUUUGUUCGGGUUGUUCUGUUUCCCCUGCAUGCAGUGUCAGACUGCCAAAGAGUACGGAUGGUGCUGCCUCAUGCCGCUCCUGGACAACUACGGCGUGGUGACUUGUAUACUCCGCUCCAACAUCAGAGAACGCUACAACAUUCCUGGCUCAGGCUUCGACGACUGCUUAAAAGUAGUGUUCUGCUACGGCUGCGUGUGGUGCCAGAUGAAUCGAGAGCUGAAGAUCAGGGGCAGCAAUCAGUCGGGCGACAACGUGGUCACCGCUCAAGUGGGCAGAGAUUAACGUUCCGCCGACUCAGAGGUGGCGUGUUGAGUUUGUCUGAAAUGUUCUGCAAACACUUCAGGUGGACCGCAGUCAUAAUUACAGGAAAAACCAACGCAGUUUAAAACGUGUGUUAGUUUAGUGCUUUUCUGCUCGUUGUGGUCCAACAUUUCCUUUUGCUACUUUUCUAAGGUUUUAGAAUUAUAAAGCGAUUGACUCUUACUGGCAUGUUUAGCAGCCUGUGUUAUAUCAACAAGGCUGACGUUUCUGACUUUUGUUCCUCAAUAAAAUACUUUUUGCAACUCUUCACCCUUACUUAAUUGUGUAUAUCUGAAUCUGUGCUGUGAUACUUAGACUGUGAUACAUCUGCCAACACGUAUGGUGAAUCUGAUUAACCUGAAAAAAAAAAAGUUCGGUUCCUCAGGAGUGCUUUUCUUGAUAUUUGCUUAUUUGCAUCCUUUGGUGAAGCCACAAUUGUUGUGUUUCUAUGGAUACAGCUCAAAACGUCAGGGGUUUUACAGUAUGUUUUUUUUAAUCACUCAGAUUUAUCACACAAAAAUAUUUCAAGUCUAAUUCCUGGCAUUUUAAUGAUUAUUUCUCACUAAUAAAGAAAACCAAAAUGUAUUGUCUUGAAUGUUACAGAAGGUCAAUAAAAGUAAGAUCAUUUA